AUGAACUUUUCUCACGCAAUAAAUAAACUGAUAGCAUCCGUUGGAGGAGUGCUUUUAGUUGCUUACGAAUUUAUAAAAUUUUAUAAAACUUAUGAAAAUCAUAUAUAUGAUAAUACCUAUAUAAUGGACAAUCCAUAUGUUCCCUUUUCCACAUUUUUGAUAAUGAGCUUUACAUAUCUCUUCUUGAACAUUUUUUCACAUUCAAAAAAUUCAAUAGCAAAUGCUUUAAAAGGCUUCUUGGGAUGCUUUUUAAUCACAUACGCCUUCCUUUUUUUUUCGAAUCAACUGUAUCUCACAUUAGAAUUCGGAAAAUCAGAACCCGAUCUCGUAAGAGACUCUACCUAUCUGUCCAUUUUUCUACUUGCCUAUUUCUUCUCACUAUGCAUCGAGUCCUAUUGGAAUUUAUCAAGAAGCAUCUUAAAAAAGGAAAAUCGAGCAGGGUCUAUUAAAAUAGAAGUUUAA